AUUUCGCAUUAACGUCCAAACGAAUACCCAAUUACGUGCGGUGCUUUUUCACCUGAUUUUUUUUCCGGCAACGACCCAAUCUUCCGUUGGAAUCGCAGUCUUCGGAAGGAGAAUUUUCUGUCUCCUUCACCGCUAGAUCAGUCAGCCUUAGCAACACAAAGUCAUGAAUGCCGAAUAUGAUUACUUGUUCAAGCUUUUGCUUAUUGGAGAUUCUGGGGUUGGCAAAUCAUGUCUUCUUCUGAGAUUUGCUGAUGAUUCAUAUCUGGACAGUUACAUUAGCACAAUUGGUGUUGACUUUAAAAUACGCACAGUGGAUCAAGAUGGGAAGACCAUUAAACUUCAAAUUUGGGACACUGCUGGACAAGAACGUUUCAGAACAAUCACUAGUAGCUACUACCGUGGGGCACAUGGCAUUAUAAUAGUUUAUGAUGUAACUGACCAAGAGAGCUUCGACAAUGUUAAGCAAUGGUUGAAUGAAAUUGAUCGUUAUGCAAGUGAGAAUGUAAACAAACUUCUUGUCGGGAACAAGUGUGACCUUACUGCUAACAAAGUUGUGUCGUAUGAAACAGCAAAGGCAUUUGCGGAUGAAAUUGGCAUUCCAUUCCUGGAGACGAGUGCAAAAAGUUCUACUAAUGUGGAACAGGCUUUCAUGGCUAUGUGCGCUGACAUCAAGAAUAGGAUUGCAAACCAACCAACCAUGAACAAUGCAAGGCCGCAAACAGUGCAGAUACGGGGGCAACCUGUCAACCAGAACAGUGGCUGCUGUUCUUCUUAGUUGGUUAUAUAUACUUGGCAAGGGUUUGUAACACUAUUGUUUUCACCUCUAUCCUCUUUUAACCAGAGAGGGUACCAAGUUUCAGAACCCCUUCAAACCUCUUAAUGAUACACUUUUUAUACAGUUGAUUUCGAAGUAAUCUAAAACCCAUUCUUUUAUGCCUAUUUGAGUUUUGAUUGGCCUGUACAAAUUAUAUGUGCUGCUAGUUCUCUUCCAUUGUUUCUUGUCCACAAGUGGCAAAAGACUUGCGCUCUCUUUUGCUUUAAUGUUGCUGCAGUUUGUAUUUGCUGUCACAAAAUUGUAUUUAGACCGGAGACAUUGCAAUAUUUGAUUCUAUUUUUUAGCUCUAUCAAUGUGAAUAAAAAUGUUUCAACAGAUAAAAAUGCUUUGUGGCAA